AUGGAGACUGAUUUGUAUGCCCAUGUCAUUGGCCCAGCGGCGAUGAAAAGAAGCACAAAGGGAAAGGUAGAUGUUAAGCUGUUUUGGAAGUCGAGUACCAGUGAACUCCCUAACCUGUACAAAGUAGCCUCAAUCUACUACACAGAGACACUGGGUUCUUACGAUGUGGAGUGCUGCGUUUCCAAUUACAACAACAUUCUCGAGGGGAAGUGAAUGUCAUUGGCACCAACAAGUAGCCUCAAUGCAAACCAUUUCCUUAACUGGAAUCUGCAAGUUAAGUCUACAGUUACAGAAGAGGUACAGUUGCACGUUUCCAUUUUUCAGCUAUUAUUAGAAGUCUGUUUAGUAUUUUUUAUUAAGGGUGUAAAAUAAUAAAGAUUAUUAUAUUGUAUUGUAGAUGGUCUCCGAAUGGACUCCAACUACUCCACUUCCUUGUGACUCACUUACAAAGUACAUCAACAAAGACCCAAGACCAAAGAGUCCAAUUCCUACAGAUUCUACUGGCUCUGUUCCUAUGUCCAGCAAUUCAGUAGUCCCGCCUAUCAAAUUCCUGUCUAGGUCUUCUGGCAGUUCAGUGCAUACAUCAAACAAGUCAGUAGCCAGUCCAGAUGACCCUGUUCAUUCCUUGUAGGUAUCAGGUUUUUUCAAACCAGCUACGAAGUCAUCAAGGCAGGCCAAUCCAUCAUCAAAACCACCAAACAAGCCUGAUACCACCCAUAAACAGAAAGGGAUGUCUAAGAAAAGCAGUGCGUGGAAACGGUUUCAUUCUAGCCUAGGGACAGUUGCGAACCCCAUGAAACCUAUGAAAGUUAAGUCUUCCUCGCCAGUUCCCUUAUAA